GUGAAUCUGCACUGCAGAGGCUCAACAGACCUGACUAGUGGAGCACAGAUGUGAUGUCUCUCUCACACACACACACACACACACAUAUCAGUGCACACGACGUACACUGCUGCCCCUCCUCUCAAGUGUUUUACAUCCAAAAUAAAUCACCCCACCCCUGCGUGCUGCAUCUGUGUGUGUGUGUGUGUGUGCUCUGAAUGGAUUCGCAACCCAUCAGCAUCAGCAGCUCUGUACACAGAGGUGACUAUGCCUCGCGUGUGUUUAAGGCAGAUGACACGUCUCUCUGCUUUGUUCUUUCACACCUUUACUUGGGCCUGCACAGCUGCAAUCGAACCUGCCCCUAAAAUUGACGGACAGCAGACCUCCUCAAUCAUUCUACAGGAGAAUGUCACUCACCGCUUCAACUGCCAAUCAGACGGAUGGAAUCCACAAGCUCCACCCCUGCUCACCUGGUACUUGAAUGGGGAGAGGCAGAGCGAGGUGACGGGCAGUCGAGGGGCGGGGCGUCUGGCUAUGACAUCACCAGAGGAUUCUGGAGUGCUGAGAUAUGGUUCUAAUCGGAACAGCACGUUCACACUGAGACCCAAACGCUGGGACAGAGAGCUGGUGUGUGCUGCCCAAAACCCCACAGGAGGAGAGAGCUACAAUGCCACUGUAACACUUAACGUUCAGUUUCAGCCGGAGAUUCUUCGAGUUAACGCUCACUAUAGCGAGACCUCUGACCCCGGUCUGUCCCUGAUUCUCUUUGCUUUGGUCCGAUCCAAUCCUCCCGCCACCAUUACCUGGGUGGAUCAGUCCGGUCAGCUGGUGGCCAACACCACAGACUUCCUCAUCCUGGACUCACGGAGUUACCCGUGGCUAGCCAAUCACAGUCUACAGGUCACCCUGAGCAGCCUAUCAGGAAACAUCUCAGUUAAUGCCAACAACAGCCUUGGCACUGCCCACACUAAUCUGACACUCACAGAGUUCCUGCAGUCUCGUGUGGAAGUGCCGAUGUUUGGAAUCGUGACGGGUGGAGCUGCUGGCUUCAUCACCCUCCUCAUCCUCACACUGAUGGUGUUCUUCCUCUUACAGAAGGACAAAACCAAAGCCAUCGAGGAGCCUGUUGCCCUGCAUCUCUCCUCCAAAUGUAAUGACAGGGUGAAAGUUCAAGUGAACGGCAUUUAUCUGCCAAGAGAGAACAUGUCAUUGCCGUCACAUCUGCAGUUGAACGAUGAUCGUGCGCUCUGUAAGGGACAGCAGAACUCAAAACGCAGCACACUGGAGAGGAGACGAGCCGACGAGGAAGAGGACGACCUGUCUGCAGCAUACGCUGCCCGAGGUUUCGCUCGCUAUCCGAUGGUCGGUUACAUCUAUAAAGUGAGCAGCACCAGCAGUGAUGAGAUCUGGCUCUGAUCAUCUUCUACACAAUAACAAAUGAAUGAGAUGAAGAAGAGUGAACCAUCUUGACAUCAAACACACAACCGAAUCAAUACCUCACUGAACUGAACAGGUUGGAUGAAAUCUAAUGCUGCAUUCACUGUGACAACACGUUUAGUCUGGCUGCUGGUUCAGUCCUGAUGGAGUCCUGCUUUAGUCCAGAUCCUGUGAGGUGACCGUACUGGAGGGCAGAAUGUGACUGGACCAGCUCAGCACUCUGUAUUAAAGCUAAAGUGUGUCAUUUCUGUGCCACCGAACUGUAAAAAUAAACAUUGUUUUCAUCUGCCAUUGAUUGUACAAACAGAUAGUCCCGCCCCCAUUUCACGCCAUUGGUUGAGUAAUGUUAUUGGGGCGGGUCUAAGUGGGUCACUCAAAACAAACAGAGGAAUUUUCAUAGCCCCACAGAGACACAGUGUUUACAGCUUUCAAGAAAUAUAACCUAUGAAUGGCUCACUGAUAUUUGUCUCUGCAUAUUUAAACUAAUAUUCUGUGUUCAAUACAAGUGAAGCUCAGUCGACAGCAUGUGUGGCAUAAUGUUGAUUAACACGCAAAUUAAUUUCGACUCGUCCCUCCUUUUCUUUAAAUGUGUGUUCCAGUGAGACACUUACAAUGGAAGUCAAUGGAGCCAAUUUUUGGAGGGUUUAAAGACAGAAAUGUGAAGCUUAUAAUUGUAUUAAAUUCUUCUGUUAAAACUCAUGUAUUAUUUGAACUGUAAAGUCGUUUAAAUCGUCGUUUUUAUGGUCUUUGUGGAGUCUUAGGGUUUACGGCGUCACGUCGUCAUGGCAACAAGUUGUAAAAUUGUCUAUAUCUUUCCACAGAUGUGGUUAGUAAGUGAUUUUAUGACAGUAAAAUCAUGUUAACACACAUAUUGUUUAUGUCUUGUGUCUAUACUUUUGAAACAGUGAGUAUUUUAAUGUUUACAGAUUGACCCCAUUGACGUCCAUUGUAAGUGUCUCACUGGAACACACAUUUAAAGAAAAGGAGGGACGAGUCGAGAUGUAUUUUUGUGGUAAUCAAUAUUAUAACACACAUGCUGUCGAUUGAGCUCAUCUCUUUAAAUUGGGAUGUGAGAAAGUAUUUUAACACUGAAAACACACUUCAGUUUUAAGCUUUUCUUCUUUCUUGUAAACUGACACAUCCUGUUUUCAAUAUAUGAAAUAUGAAAUGUAAUAUAGAUUACUGACAAAACCUUAAUAGAGCUCGACAGCAGCGCUCCAGAAAGAAAACUGGCAAAAUAUGCCAAAAUCUCCAGAGAGAAUUGGAUGUUUGCAGUGACUCACUGUCUUAGAAAACACACAAAUAUCAGGGAAUUUUAAAAUCACGAUUUCCAGGCCUGGAAAAGUCAUGGACGCUUUUGAAUGUUAUGUCUGGAUUUGAAAUAUUGAAUUGUCAAGACAUCGCUUUCGUUUGUGCUUCAAAUCAUCAUUUGUAAUGUUGUGAUUGAUCAGAGCUGGCCGGUUUUGCGUUGUGUUUUGAAGACUUCAAUGAAAAUGAUCCUUCUCGAUCUGAAUAUCACAUCUGGUGUCAGUGAUGUUGCUUUACUUUUAACGGAUUUGACUGAAUGUAUUUUGAGAAUCAUGUUAAAAAACAACAGAGACUUUCUGAAUGUGUUCAUCCAAUCACAGUAUUUACCCAGAGUUCUGUGCUGCUAUAAGGAAUGCUACAUCAUGUUUGUGUAAUACAGAGGAAUGUUCAAUAAGACAAUAGAUAUAUAUUUAAAUGAAUAGAAUAUAAUGAGGAUCAUGGUAAAGUGUAGGCAUUAUAUGUGUAUUUCUGUGUGUAGAUUUAUUGUAAGUAUAUUUUAAAGUUCACUAUUAUUCUGUACAGACAUCUAUCAGAAAUGGAGAGAUGCAUGUAGUUUUAUCCACCAGGAGGUGCCAGUAGUUGAACUCCAGCUGUGGACUCUAAACCUGAGCUUAACUAGUUCUAGUUCUAGUUCACUAUUCUGGUUUAAAUGAAUUUGUACUGCUUGUGAAGCUGCUGCAUCACACAUGCAAUUAAACAUACAUCAGUAAAUGUCUCUAAAUAAAU